AUGAGCGACUCUUCCCAAGGAACUUCUUUUGCGUUAUAUAGAUACACGCCGUCAGUUCCUGCGGCUAUCAUAUUUGCAGCAACUUUCAUCGUCUUGAUAGUCUUCCACGCGACUCUGCUCCUUCGCCAUAAGUCAAUGUUUUUUACACCGUUUGUCAUUGGUCUCGCCUUUGAAGCAGCGGGUUAUAUUGCGAGGGUUUUCUCACAUUACAAUACCCUUGCUCUCGGUCCCUACAUUGUCCAAACCAUGCUCAUCCUCGUCGCUCCCCCGCUCUUCGCAGCCUCAAUAUAUAUGACUUUGGGAAGACUCAUAGCAGCACUUCGUGCCGAGCAUGCGUCUGUAAUUUCGCUCAAAUACUUGACCAAAUGCUUCGUCCUCGGGGACGUGGUUUCCUUCCUGUUUCAGUGUGGGGGCGGAGGCUACAUGGCAGCUGGCUCAGUGUCAGCUAUGAACACCGGAGCUCAUAUUGUCAUUGUAGGUCUUGCAAUUCAGUUGCUCUUCUUCGGGUUCUUCAUCUACGUCGCCGCGCUGUUCCAUUAUCGAAUAAAAAAGGGCGCUCCUACUACAGGUAGACUGUACGGAACAUCUAACUUGCACAACUGGGAAUCAAUGAUGUGGAUUCUGUAUGGAGCUUGUAUACUCAUUUUCAUUCGUUCGGUGUUCCGCGUUGUUGAGUUCGUCCAGGGCAAUGACGGGUAUAUUAUGCAGAGAGAGUAUUUACUUUACAUCUUUGAUGCGCUCUUGAUGGCGUUGCAAGCUAUCAUUAUCUUGAUAGUUUAUCCCGGGCGGGUUAUAUGCCAGGGCAAAGGGGAGGGGUUCGAACUCACUUCAAGAAGCGAUUCAUCGAAUGGUUUUAUUCCAUCAGCAGCCUACAAACAGAUCAAACCUGGGUCGCAACGUAUUAACUUUUUUCCGCUGAAACUGCGGGCGAGCCACACCAAGUCGCGCGCCGGUUGUUAUACUUGCAAGUCUCGAAGAGUCAAAUGUGAUGAGGCAAGGCCAUUAUGUGGUGCCUGCUUACUGCGGAGUGAGGAAUGCAUUUAUCCAACCGACCCGAUCACAGGACAACACAAGACUCCUUCUAAUAUCUUCAAAGAUGGGUUUACUCAUCGUAGCUCCGGUGCUGCUGAUUCACCGUACCAACAUAUCUCACGGGAUUCUUCCAACACCAGUCGGGUCUCCCAAUCACCUCAGGCACUGCAAUUCGAUUUGCACUCUUCAUUAGGGUCGGCCAGUGCCUCUGAAGGUCAGAAGGGAUCGCUUCAUAUGGCCGACCUCCAACUCUUGGCCCAUUUCAUGAUGCAUACUUCAAAAAAUAUGUCGCUCAAUCCUGCGAAGCGAUUGCUAUGGGAAACGGUUAUCCCCGACCUCGCCACCAAGUACGGGUUUGUAAUGCAUCUGCUCCUGGCCCUGGCCGGACUUGAUUAUUUCUACCCCGCCAGCUCUGCCAUUCGACCCAGCCAUCAAAAUCAACCAUCUAGUGAUACCCACAUAAACCCAUCCUUUCGCUAUCUAUCAGAUGAACUAUCCUCUCCAGGCCAAAGGUCCGUCGCAGGCGGCCAGGAUGUGGACACCAUUCACCUUCAAAACAUCAUCGAGCAUCAUCAAUGUGGAUUACAGGGCCUCAGAGACGAGCUUUCCGUGUUGUCAACUUCAAACUGCAAUCAAGCGUUCGCUGGAUCGAUGCUGCUGGUAGGCUUCGCGUUCGCGUCUUUGCGAGCGAGAAAUAUGAAUGACAUGAGAGCAUUUCCUGCAUCUCCGUCCUCUGGCACUCAGCCAACUAAGCCACGGCUAGACUGGAUAUAUCUCAUACAUGGUCUGACGACAGUUGUCAAAGAACACUGGCCGGCUUUAAGAAUGGGGCCGCUUCGAGGCCUGCUUCACUUCAUUUACGGAAACCAGGACUGGCAGAUGUAUCCACGCGAGAUAUUCAUUGCUGUAUCGCCGCAUCAAACUCAGCACUGCACACAGAGAAUUUUGAAAUUCUGUCUCGGUGCAUAUGAAGCUUGCGCGAGCCUAAAGUCCUUUGUGGAUUCUCAAAGCGACUCAAAGAAUGCAGGGGAAAUGGAUCAAGACACACCGUUAAUGGAGCAAAAGGUCGCAAUAAAUAUCCUAGAGGAAAUGUAUAUGCGAACACUUUAUGUGUUACUCUUUUCCGGAGAUGGAACUCGAACGAGCCUAGACGUACAGGCUGACUUGGAGGAGGCGGCUGUGAUGGCCUGGCCCGAGACCCUUUCCAGAAAAUUCCUUGCUACAUUGGAAGGCUUUGGUGAUUUAUCUGGAUUGUCAUACACCAUUCUUGCCCAUCUCUACCUCAUAUUCUCUCUCUUUGAACAAGUUUGGUAUAUCGAGGGUGGAUUUGACGAGGACAUUAUGAAAAUAAAUACUCUUGUCAACGACAUAGGUAACAGCCGUCUGAUCUCAUUGAUGCGAUGGCCUGUAUCCGUGCUUGCUAAAUAG